UCCCCAGCCCUGUGCUCUCCUUCCUCCAGACCCCUGAGUGUCAGUGGUGGUGUUGUCCCUUGUCACCUGGAACCCCAUGCAGCCGGAACCCAGGCCUAGCGGGGCUGGGGUCCACACCCGAUUUCUGCCCCUGAGGUCGCAGCACUCUGAGGGUUCAGGGGACACAGUGAUGUACGCCUCCACCGAGUGCAAGGCUGAGGUGACACCCUCCCAGCAUGGCAACCGCACUUUCAGCUACACGCUGGAGGACCACACCAAGCAGGCCUUCGGAAUCAUGAAUGAACUGCCUUUCAGCCAGCAGCUGUGCGAUGUCAUGCUUCAGGUCAAGUACCAGGACGCACUGGCUGCACAGUUCAUGGCCCACAAAAUGGUUCUGGCUUCAUCCAGCCCUAUCUUCAAGGCCAUGUUCACCAACGGGCUGCGGGAGCAGGGCAUGGAGGUGGUGUCCAUCAAGGACAUCCACCCCAAGGUCAUGGAGCGUCUCAUCGAGUUCGCCUAUACAGCCUCUCUCUCCAUGGGUGAGAAGUGCGUGCUCCAUGUCAUGAACGGUGCCGUCAUGUACCAGAUCGACACUGUCGUCCAAGCUUGCAAUGACUUUCUGGUGCAGCAGCUGGACCCCAGCAAUGCCAUAGGCAUCGCCAACUUUGCUGAGCAGAUUGGCUGUGCUGAGCUUCACCAGAGUGCCCGAGAGUACAUCUACAUGCACUUCGGGGAGGUGGCCAAGCAAGAGGAGUUCUUCAGCCUGUCCCACUGCCAGCUGGUGACCCUCAUCAGCCGGGAUGAUCUGAAUGUACGCUGAGAGUCUGAGGUCUUCCAUGCCUAUAUCAAUUGGGUCAAGUACGACUGUGAGCACCAACGCUUCUAUGUACAGGCGCUGCUGCGGGCCGUGCGCUGCCACUCGCUGACGCCCCACUUUCUGCAGAUGCAGCUGCAGAAGUGUGAGAUCUUGCAGUCAGGCUCCCACUGCAAGGACUACCUGGUCAAGAUAUUCCAGGAGCUCGCCCUGCACAAGCCCACACAGGUGAUGCCCUGCCAGGCCCCCAAGGUGGGCCGGCUCAUCUACACUGCUGGUGGCUAUUUCCGCCAGUCACUCAGCUACCUGGAGGCCUACAACCCCACUGAUGGCACAUGGCUCCGGUUGGCAGACCUGCAGGUGCCUCAAAGUGGCCUGGCAGGCUGCGUGGUGGGCGGGCUGCUGUAUGCCGUGGGCGGCCGGAACAACUUGCCUGAUGGCAACACCGACUCCAGCGCCCUGGACUGCUACAACCCCAUGACCAACCAGUGGUCGCCCUGUGCACCCAGGAGUGUCCCACGCAACCGAAUUGGGGUUGGGGUCAUCUACGGGCACAUCUAUGCUGUUGGUGGCUCCCAUGGAUGUAUCCACCACAACAGUGUGGAGAGAUAUGAGCCAGAGCGUGAUGAGUGGCACUUGGUGGCCCCAAUGCUGACUCAAAGAAUCGGGGUGGGCGUGGCUGUUCUCAACCGGAUGCUCUAUGCCAUUGGGGGCUUUGACGGGAUGAACCGCCUCAACUCAGCCGAAUGUUACUAUCCAGAUGAGUGGCGAAUGAUCACACCCAUGAACACCAUACGAAGUGGGGCAGGAGUCUGUGUCCUGCACACCUGUAUUUAUGCUGCUGGGGGCUACGAUGGUCAGGACCAGCUGAACAGUGUGGAGUGCAACAACGUGGAGACAGAAACGUGGACUUUCGUAGCUCCAAUGAAGCACCGGCGAAGUGCCCUGGGGAUUACUGUGCACCAGGGGAGAACCUAUGUUCUCGGGGGCUACGACAGCCACACAUUCCUGGACAGUGUGGAGUGUUAUGACCCAGACACGGACACCUGGAACGAGGUUACCUGCAUGACAUCUGGCUGGAGUGGUGUGGGCGUCGCCGUCACCAUAGAGCCCUGCUGGUAGCAGAUCGACCAGCAGAACUAUGCCUGUUGA